UUUACGUGCUUGUCCGUGCACUAGCUCAGUCUGCGUAAAACCAAAACCAAAAUCAAACGCAACCUCCUUCUCCAAGAAGGUGAAGUUCUUCUUACUGGGUAGAGAAGGAAGAGGAAGUUCAGAGACGUCCGGUGCCAGGCUAAGUGGCAAGCCGGGGUUCAGACCCAGCCUUUCGGAUGGGUCCGGGAUGACGAUCCGACACCAAGGCCAGCAGUACAGGCCGAGGAUGGCUUUUCUGCAGAAGAUUGAAGCACUUGUGAAGGACAUGCAGAACCCGGAGACUGGGGUCAAAAUGCAGAACCAGAGGGUCCUAGUCACCAGCGUCCCUCAUGCCAUGACAGGAGGUGAUGUUCUACAGUGGAUCAUCGAGCGGCUCUGGAUCUCCAAUGUGGAAGCGCAGAACUUGGGCAACUUCAUUGUCAAGUAUGGCUACAUUUACCCUCUGCAAGACCCCAAGAAUCUUGUUCUCAAGCCCGACAGCAGCCUCUACCGAUUUCAGACACCGUAUUUCUGGCCCACCCAGCAGUGGCCAGCUGAAGAUACAGAUUAUGCCAUCUAUCUGGCCAAGAGAAAUAUCAAGAAGAAAGGGAUUUUAGAAGAGUAUGAAAAGGAAAAUUAUAAUUUCUUGAACAAAAAAAUUAACUACAAAUGGGACUUCGUCAUCAUGCAGGCCAAAGAGCAGUACAGGACUGGGAAAGAAAGGAACAAGGCGGACCGGUAUGCGCUGGAUUGCCAGGAGAAGGCGUAUUGGCUGGUGCACCGGUGCCCUCCAGGGAUGAACAAUGUGCUGGACUACGGCCUGGACCGUGUGACCAAUCCGAAUGAAGUGAAGGUAAACCAGAAACAAACAAUCACAGCUGUCAGAAAAGAGAUCAUGUAUUACCAACAGGCCUUAAUGCGGUCCACCGUGAAGUCCUCUGUGUCCCUCGGCGGAAUCGUCAAGUACAGUGAGCAGUUCUCAUCCAACGACGCCAUCAUGUCAGGCUGCCUCCCUAGCAACCCUUGGAUAACAGAUGACACCCAGUUCUGGGACUUAAAUGCCAAAUUGGUGGAAGUCCCAACCAAGAUGCGGGUGGAGCGAUGGGCUUUCAACUUCAGCGAGCUGAUCCGAGACCCCAAGGGCCGCCAGAGCUUCCAGUACUUCCUCAAGAAAGAAUUCAGUGGGGAGAACCUGGGAUUCUGGGAAGCCUGUGAGGAUCUGAAGUAUGGAGAUCAGUCCAAGGUCAAGGAGAAAGCGGAGGAGAUCUACAAACUGUUCCUGGCCCCAGGGGCAAGGCGGUGGAUAAACAUUGAUGGCAAAACCAUGGACAUCACAGUGAAAGGGCUGAGGCACCCCCACCGCUACGUGCUGGACGCAGCCCAAACGCACAUCUACAUGCUCAUGAAGAAGGAUUCCUACGCUCGCUAUUUAAAAUCCCCGAUCUAUAAGGAAAUGCUGGCGAAAGCUAUCGAACCUCAGGAAACAACCAAGAGAAGCUCGAGCCUCCCGUUCAUGCGACGCCACCUGCGCUCCAGCCCAAGCCCUGUCAUCCUGCGGCAGCUGGAGGAGGAAGCGAAGGCCCGAGAAGCAGCCAACACCGUGGACAUCACCCAGCCCGGCCAGCACCUGGCUCCCAGCCCCCACCUGGCCGUGUACACCGGGACCUGCGUGCCACCUUCUCCUUCUGGGCCCCUCUCCCCAUCCUGCCGCUCCCCGCGGAGGCCCUUCGCUUCGCCCAGCCGCUUCAUCCGGAGGCCCAGCAACGCCAUGUGCCCGGCACCCCUUCAGGGGGCCCUGGAGAGCUCCUCGGGCACGGAGCCCAAAGCGGAGGCCGGCUGGUCCGGAGCCCCCCGCGGGCCCCUGGCUCCCGAGGGCUGCGAGGCCUCCAGCACUGACCGACCCGGGGCCCCCAGCAAGGCCCGGUCGGCCCUGUCCUUCAGCAGGUUCCUGAGGCGGGGCUGCCUGUCCUCGCCGGUCUUCGCCCGCCUGUCCCCCAAGUGCCCUGCUGUGUCCCACGGCAAGGUGCAGCCCCUGGGCGAUGUGGGCCAGCAGCUGCCGAGGCUGAAGCCCAAGCGAGUGACCAACUUUUUCCAGAUCAAAAUGGACGUGCCUACAGACAUUGGGCCCUUCUUGAUGGAUUCAGAUGACACAGGGACAGGAGAAUCUGGGGACCGGGACACAGAGAAGGAGGUCAUCUGCCCCUGGGAGAGCCUGGCCUCGGGAAAGGCAGGCUGAGCUAUGCUCCUGGCCAGGAGAUACUCCUGGUGAACACUACCAGACAGGGCCGUGGGGUACACUUGAUGUCAAGCCGAAGUGCAUUGAUGUGAAGUUGGAGGCUGAUGAGAUGAACGGAUAGGGUACGGGGACACGCACUCCAGCUGGCUCCCAGGGGCCACCCCUUCCCUUCCACUGACUUUCCCUUGCUUGGCCAGAAAAGCAUGUGGACCAGAAGUCCCUUGCUGCCUUACUACCAAUAAA